AUGCACAGACGCUCGUCGGGCUCCCCUGUCGCGGACGACACUGAGGAUUCCCCGGCGCGCACCCCAGACGAUCACGGCCAUGGGCAGGGCCAUGCGAAUGUCAUCGAGCCCUCCGACAAGUCGCGGUCCCAGAUAGCCCGGCACGGCACCAGCUUCGAUCUUCGCCGCGACAACGGCUCCUCCACGCCGCGCUCGCGGAAUUCAAGCCUGUGGCGCACCCCCUCCUCGCAACCUGCCAACGACACCAAAACCAUGCCAUUGGGCUCCCCGCGCCUGCCUAUGGAGGCUCCCUCCCCCGAUGGCCGCCGCGCCCGCCAGGCUCGCCUCCGGAGUCCCUGGUCUACCUCUAUCCUCACCGGCUUCACCACGUUCGUUGCAAUCGCCUUCCUCAUCUCCAUUGUGCACUCCUUUACGGCUCGCCAGGUCGGCGGGGAUGGUUGCGGUGUGCCGAUGAUGAGCCCGACCUUUAUUCGGAUGUUGGAGUUUGACACGGAACAUACUCGGUUUGCUAGCAAAUACAACCUCUUUUUAUAUCGGGAGGAAGGCGUGGAUCCCUAUACUCAGGACAAUAUCGGGUUAAACGGCGUUCCCGUCCUCUUCCUUCCCGGCAACGCUGGCAGUUACCGGCAGGUCCGGUCUCUGGCCGCAGAGGCCUCGCGGCAUUACUACGACGUGGUUCGGCACGACGAAGACCGGCACGCCGCUGGCACCCGCAGCUUGGACUUUUUCAUGGUGGACUUCAAUGAGGACAUGGCGGCCUUCCACGGGCAAACGUUGUUGGACCAGGCGGAAUAUGUGAACGAGGCCAUCUCCUAUAUUCUGUCGCUCUACCACGACCCCCAACGGACCCGCCGCGAUCCCGCGCUCCCCGAUCCCAGCGCUGUCCUUCUGAUCGGCCACUCCAUGGGUGGCAUCGUGGCUCGGACCGCUCUCACCAUGGCCAACUACCAGGCCAACUCGGUCAACACGAUCAUCACCAUGUCAGCACCCCACGCGAAGCCUCCGGUCUCCUUCGAUUCCGACAUCGUCCAUACCUAUAAACAGAUUAACGAUUAUUGGCGAGAGGCAUACUCACAAGUAUGGGCCAACAACAACCCGCUGUGGCAUGUCACCCUGAUCUCCAUCGCCGGCGGUACACGCGACACUGUGGUGCCGUCAGACUACACCAGCAUUUCAUCCCUGGUUCCCGAAACACACGGCUUUACCGUCUUCACCUCGUCCAUGCCCAACGUGUGGAUCGGCAUGGACCAUCUGUCGAUCACUUGGUGUGACCAGUUUCGGAAAGCGAUCAUCAAGUCCCUCUUUGAGAUUAUCGAUGCUCGACGACCGUCACAGACCAAGCCGCGGGCAGAGCGUAUGCGUGUGUUGAAGCAGUGGUAUUUGACUGGGUUGGAGUCGGUGUCGGAGCGCACACUAUCGCAGAAGGAACCGAACACACUUUUGACGCUGGAAGACAAUGCCAACACCAUUCUUGCCCAAGGCCAACGUCUGAUUCUGCGUGAACUAGGCCAGCGGCAUGGUCCUGAUGUACGCCUACUGCCGAUUCCGCCACAGGGUGUCUCGGGCAAAAAGUUCACCCUCAUUACAGAUCAGUCGUUAGACAAACAGGGUAAUAUCGAGGUCCUCUUCUGCAGCGUCUUUCCGCUGAACAACGGCCGGUCCACGAUCUUUUCCAUGAAUCUCGAUUUCUCGGGUGGAACUAUAGGCUCAACCCGGUUAGCUUGUAAGAGCGCCGCCGAAGAUGUCAUUCACUUGCCUGCCUCCACCCCGGAAUCGAAGAAUGCGUACGAUCGUGUUGCACCAUUCUCCUAUCUCCAAUAUGAUUUGGAGAGUCUGGCGGAGCAUCAGUUUGUGGCUGUCGUGGACAAGGCCAAUAUGCCAACCCCUGGCUUCUUGGUUGCAGAGUUCUCGGACAGCUCGGAUGCCAUGAUACGAGCCAAGGUUGGCUUGGGCAGUCUUUUGAGCGCCGGUCUAAAGAUGCGCUUGCCCGCAAACAGGCCUAUGCUGACGGAGGUGAAGAUUCCUGCACUGCACUCCAGUCUCCUGGACUAUAAGCUCAAGAUCACCCGCCAUCCUCAGAAGGAGGAGCUGUUUGCCCCGCUCCUGCGGCAGUCUAUCCCUGAUCCCCACGAGUCCAAGUUCUUUGUGAAUGUGAAUGAGGUCAAUGUCAACCUACAUGGCGUAGCCCCCUAUAUGCCGUCUGCCCUUCGUGAUCAGGCUGCUACCGGCGGUGUUUCGUUCCAACUCUGGACGGAUCCAAGCUCCGGCUCGACGGUCGAUAUCUCCUUGCAGGUGGAUAUAGCCAGCAGUCUUGGCGAGUUGGUGAUGCGGUACCGCACAGUCUUUGCAGCAUUCCCGCUGCUUGUUGUUGCUCUGGUCCUCCGCAAGCAAUUCCAGAUCUACGACGAGACUGGUUAUUUCAUCCCGUUUACCGAUGGUCUCGACCGGGCUCUGCGCUCCUCUCUACCGCUCUUGUUUGUGGCCAUGUCGCUCUUUGCGUCUUCGCUUGCUACCACGAAGGCCCUUCCUCAGUCCGAUGAUCCAUUCCACUGGCGCACUAAUUCGACCGAGACGCCACUCGAUUUCACGAAGAAUGAUCUGCUUCUCGGAUCUCAGGAUGCUUUCUUUUGGUUUCUCGUUCCGGUCUUCGGGCUCAUCAGUGUCGGCGUUUGUGUUCUGGUCAACUAUGUAGCUUUGCUACUGGUGAACAUUUUUUCUCUUAUCUAUGGAGCGGUGAAUAGCAAAUCAGGCUAUAUCCGUCGUGAGGACCGAGGCAACUCACCUAUCUUCAGUGCCCCUACCCCCCGGCGACGUGUGAUUCACACCGCCAUCCUUCUGAUCCUUGUCUCGACGAUCAUCCCCUACCAGUUCGCCUACAUGGUGGCCUGUAUUGUGCAGCUGGCAACGUGCGUGCGCGCGCAAUGGCAUGCCAAAGAAACCGUACGUCUUUCAAUCAAUCCAGACAGCAAUGCGAGGCAUCUAACAAUCACGCAGAGAUCUACCUCCCACCUUAAUUUCGGCAACUACGCCCACUCCAUUCUAAUUCUGAUGCUCUGGAUCCUCCCAAUCAACGUGCUCGUUCUGCUCGUCUGGGCACACAACCUGGUCGUACACUGGUUCAUGCCGUUCUCCUCCCACCACAAUGUCCUCUCCAUCAUGCCCUUCCUUCUCCUCGUCGAGACGAUGACUAGUGGCGCGAUGAUUCCCCGCAUCACCAAUCGUUUCCGCCACGUCACGGCCACGAUAUUCUUCGCCAUUGCCAUGUAUUCUGCUGUCUACGGCGUCACCUACGCCUAUCUCCUUCACCACCUAGCCAAUUUACUGGCUGCCUGGUUCGUUGGAAUCUACCUGGUCGGGAACAACUUCUCCCCACGUCGACUGUGGCGCAUUAUAGAUGGUGACGAGAUGCCCGCCGAAUCUGGAGAGAGGCAUAUUAAGAAGCAGCCAUGA